GGAGGCCUAGCUAGCUAAGCUUCUCCUGGAACAAUUCUUGCAUCUCAUUAUUCUCUGGUAGUUUGAGACUCAUGGGUAACAACUUUAGUCUCUUCAUCCUGGUUCUAUGCAUUCUACAUCUUAUCCAUGGCAUACUUGGAGGUAGACCCCAUGCUGGCAAUCAGGUGAGUGCAUUUCAGAAAUUCCCAGCAAUAUUGAUGCCUGAUUUCAAACUUGUUGCAUGCAUGGUUCAAGAUCAACGGCCUAAUAUUUUUUUUCAGGAGGAGCUUGGUGUCUCUGGUGGCAACUUAAAGCCAAUCAACCUGAAGAUGGAUGGUUUGGAUCCACCUCCUGCAAAUGUGUCAACGUUCCCUAAUUAUGGCGUCAGAACUUCCUAUGAUGCAGCAUAUAAAACAAAUGUGGCGCGGGAUUACUAUGGGAUUGAAGCUACAAUCGACGUACAUGGUCUCUCUUUGCGUCAAGAUCAACACAGUGGAGCUGCCUUGAUUAUUAAGUAUUCGAAAGCGUUCGAUCGUAACAUGAUUGUUGUUGGAUGGCAUGACAAAGCAACGGGAGACUGGCUUGUGCACUGUGGAUUCGGGUCGAAGCCAAAGUUAAUCGGGCGUUUCCCCAAGACCUUGUUCGCCACCUUGGCCGACAAGGCGGAUGAGAUACAAGCCCGAGGUUUUGUGCUGACUCAAGCUAGUCCUUUGGCCCCGAUGGGGAGCGGUUUCCGUCCCAGCAACGUGAAAGCCGCGUCAUUCAGCAAUAUCAUGUUUCUGGAUCAAGAUGGCAAGAGGUUUGGAGUCCCGCAAGAUUUCACGCCCUACAUGACGAACGAUAAGGUGUACGCCGUGUCUCAGAUCAGCCCCAACGGCGGGUUCAUGUAUGGUGGGCCGUCUGAAUGAUGAUGUGUGUUCACGGUCGAUGGCUGGUUUGCUUUAGCCACAUGUAACAUUUGAGAUAUGAUAAACCUUGCUUUGAUGUCA